UCUGCUCCCCAGCUGCCAGUUCCCACUCUCUAGAAUGAAGGAUGAAAAUCAGAAAACAUCUGAAGAUUUUUAGGGAAAUGAAACUGCCUAGAAGUGGGAUGGAUACAGAGAGGAGGGUGAAGUCAGACUAUCCAGCACAAGGCUCUCCUUGCUGAAUUAUUCAAAGAAAGGGAACUAGGUGAACUAGUUGCCAAGACAACCUGCUGUUGGGGAGAGGGUGAUUAGGGCAAGGAAAUGGGAGACCUGUGGUUUCUCCUGCUCCUGUCCCUGUCCUUGGAAAUUUUCCAUGGGGUCAAAGGAUGCUUGGAAUGUGACCCCAAAUUCAAAGAAGAUAUUAAGUCCUUGCUGGCAAAGAUGGUACCCUCAGAAGUCCCAGGCCGAGCUCAUCUGCUUGAACGGCAGAGUAAAGAAUUGAUCCAUUUAAGCUUCAAGGUCUCCCACAGGCACAAGACGCUUCGGGUGUUGGCUGUUCAAAAGGUUGUCAAGUUGAGAAUACUCCUGAAGAAUGAACUUUAUAGACUGAGCAAUGAAACAUGGAAAGGUGUUUUUAUCUUUCAAGGCAAGCUUCUCAAUGUCCGCCAAAAUCUGGAAUCCACCGUGAAAGAAGUAUUACAGAACUUCUCUGACAUUGCUUGUUCUGAAGAUUGUGUUGUGACUGAAGGUCCUAUCCUGGAUUGUUGGACCUGUUUUCGCAUCACUGCCAGGUGCUUCAAAGGAGAGUAUUGUGGAGAAGAGGAUGUACAGUUGGCUGAGGCUCGAGAGAUUGCACUAUUUUUGAUAUUGCUAGCAGAAGCUGUAAUAUUGGGAAGUGCCUUGUUACUGUUCCAUAUUUGUGUCACUCAUCGGAGGAAAAUGAAGGCAAUACGAAGAGCAUUAAAGAAAUAUUUGGAGAAGAAACUUGAAGAAUUAAUGGGGUUAACAGAUGAAAAGAAGGAGAGCGAAGAAUUCAAAACCAUGAAAUAAAUACAUAGAUACAGACAGGAAGUCUUUCAUGAUUCUCUUAAAUGUUGACUCAGAGUAAACAACAGAGAAAUAAGCUCUUUUGUGAUCAUAAAGUCAUGCUAUUUUAAAACUGAAGUGAAACUAGGAGUUUAUCAAAGACCAUUAUUGAUAUCCUGAUGCUAAAGAAGCAAAGAGAGGGCAAAUGAUUUACCCAGAGCUGUAUAAAAAGUAACACUGGUAUAUCACAAUGCACAAAGAUGAUGCACUGCAUGAUAAUAAAGAAUUCAUGGUUGGUAAUUCUUUUUAAUGACUCUAAUUA